CCAAAAAGUUCGCAGGAAUUUGUUGCGAUUUUUCUCUUGAGCAGACCGCAACCUCACGUUAAAAGCAAGAACUCACCACCGUCAACCACACGACACGCAGGAUAUCCAUUUCUUUGCGUCCCAUCACAAUCCGUCGCAAUGGCUCCCGUUACCACAAAGAAGGCUGGCCCCAAGGGCAAGAACACCAAGGUCACCAAGAAGUUCAUCAUCAACGCUCAGCAGCCCGCUAGCGACAAGAUCUUCGACACCGCCGCCUUCGAGAAGUUCCUUCAGGACAAGAUCAAGGUUGAGGGCCGUGUUGGUAACCUUGGCGAGAACGUCAAGAUCCAGCAGGCUGGCGAGGGCAAGAUUGAGAUCAUUGCCCACAACGAGCUGUCCGGUCGCUACAUCAAGUACCUCACCAAGAAGUUCUUGAAGAAGAUGCAGCUCCGUGACUGGCUCCGUGUCGUCUCCACCUCCAAGGGUGUCUACGAGCUCAAGUUCUUCAACGUCGUUAACGACGAGCAGGAUGAGGACGACGAGUAA